CAUGUUCGAAGAUUAUAAAUAUCAAUUUUCGGCUAUAAAGGAUAUAUAAGCCCCGUCGCCUGGGCCGGCGCCCCCGUCUCUACCUCACCAAUUUCUUCGAACCUCCUCUCUCUUUUCGAAGAAGUAGAAAAAUCUUCCUUCUAGCUUGAACUGGCCCCCCACGGAAUUCUCCAUCAUGUACUGUACAUCCUGAUUGUCUAAUUACUCUUAGCGUACUCUCCUUGUCCGGUUUUGGUAUUGCGAGUUUUCGUGGUGCAUGAAGAAGUUAUUCCUUGGGUUGAUCAACUUUUCAGGGCUCAAUUCUUCAUUGGGAAAGCCGUGUGUUAUUAUAACCAAGAUGAGGAAUUUAAGUGGUAAUGAGAUGCUUCAGUUUUCGCAAGUACGUACUGUCAAUGAUUUUAGAAGCAAAUAAAUUAAAAUCUGGCAGUGUUACUUGAAAUAAUUUUCCAGACAGUUAUCAAACCAAAUGGCUUGAGAAAUAAAGUCUGGACAACAAUCACACUACAUGGAGAUACUCUCAACAUUCCAAGCAAAUCGACCAAGAAUGUGAGCAACCCUUCUCAACAUUCCAAGCAAAUCGGGCAAGAAUGGAUGUGGAUACUGAGAGGCAAGGUCCCAAGAAUGAUGGUACUGGUUCAGAAAAAAAGACAACAAUAAAAAGGGCAAUUGGCCUUUUGACGGGGAAUUGGGAUGUGGCGUUUUUAGUGGUGUGCGUAGUUGCAGUAGCAGCGGACCCUUUGUUCUUUUAUCUUCCUUUCAUCGACGAGUCUACCAAAUGCAUUAAGUUAGAUACCACUUUGGAAAUCAUUGCUAUUUGUGUGCGAUCGUUCCUUGAUUUGAUUGCUAUUUGGUAUCUGAUUGCAAGAAAAAAAAUACAUGACCGGCCUGACAUGAAGUGUUCAGACUACGUAAUUAACAUUCUCAGCAUUCUUCCAGUUCCCCAGGUGCUAGUGCCAAUUAUAUUUUCAGAAAUGAGAAAUUCGGAAUUCCGGGACGGAAGGAAAUUCCUAAAUGCAGUUGUUCUUUUGCAAUAUCUGCCAAGGAUUUUUCGUAUCUACAGAUUGUGGAAAAUAGUCAACAAGAAUAUCAAGCCAGGGCCUAAAGUGAAUGCAGAAAGGAACAAGAAUACGAAAGGUUUUAUGGUGAUGAAAGCUUGAUUCAAUCUCUUUCUGUAUCUCGUUGCCAGUCAUGUACUGGGUGCCUUUUGGUACUUCUUCUCCAUCGAACGAGAGACCACGUGCUGGCACAUGGGCUGUAAGCCUGAUGCCGGAUGUAGCAAGACUUCUUUUAACUGUGGUCAUGGUUCUAGCAGUGACACAACAAUUUUAAAUAAAUUUUGCUCUUUAGAAAAUCCAAAUACCACUCUCUUUGAUUUUGGAAUAUUCCAAGAAGCCCGUCAAUCUCGUAUUCUGGAGUCCAUGGAUUUUCCGCGAAAGACCAUUUUCUGUUUUUGGUGGGGCCUUCGAAAUUUGAGUUCAUUUGGUCAAAACCUUGAAACAAGUUCUUAUUAUUGGGAAAACUGCUUCACAGUUUUAAUAUCGAUCUUUGGCUUGCUUCUGUUUUUAUACUUCAUCGGAAAUUUGCAGGUGUACAUGCAGUGGGAGGCACAAAAAGAAAUGGAGGAGCUAUCUAUGCAUAAGCCAUCAAAAGAAGUGAAGGAGACAUCUAAGCAUAAGCAUGAUGCAAUAUCUAAGCAGACAUCUAAAGAGCGUAAUGAGAUAUCUAAAGAGCAUGAUGAGAUAUCUAAGCUGUUGAAGGUGAUAUAUAAAGAGCAUGAUGAGAUAUCUAAGCUGUUAGAGGUGAUAUAUAAAGAGCAUGAUGAUAUUUCUAAGCUGUUGGAGGUGAUAUCUAAAGAGCAUAAUGAGAUAUCUAAGCUGUUGAAGAUAAGGCCGCUGCCGCCGGUAGCCCCCCAAGUGUACAUGCAAUGGGAGGCGCAAAAAGAAAUGAAGGAUAUAUAUGAGGAUAAGAAGGAUGAGAUAUCUAAAGAGCAUGAUGAGAUAUCUAAGCUGGUGGAGGCCAGUGAUAUCUAACUAGCAUAAUGAGAUAUCUAAGUUGUUGAAGAUAAGGCCGCUGCCGUCGAUAGCCCCCCAAGUAAUUUAGAUUACAGUAUCACUUAAUAAUUAAUCUAGUAUUAUCAGAUACUCUUACUAUUUAACGAAAGACAAUAUGUAAUUUGUUUAAGCAUAUUACGUUGAGGAUUAAAUACUGCACUCAUUUUUCAAGUCGUUAAUUAAAUUGCUAGUCGCUUGAUUUGAAUAUUGGAUGGUUAUAAGAGUAGGAAACCAAAUAAAAUGAAUGAUGGUCUAAUAAUAAAUGAAAGCACUAAUAUUGAUGCA